ACGGCCUGGUGGAACGAGUCCACAGAGAUCCCCGCCGGAUGAUGUCACCGCUACGCCGGUAUAUGCGGCAAUUGGACAGUUCACCGUACAGCACCGCCCACCUCUCCGCCCACCAGGAGGCCGGCUGGAAGAGGACCGCCCCCUGGGGCCCCCACCCCUCGGACAACGCACAGCUCUUUAGGCUGCCGAGCGCUCUGAGCAGAACCAACUCUGACUCCGCCCUGCACACCAGCGUGAUGAACCCCAACGCCCAGGAGCCGUACCCGCCGGGGCCACAAGGGGUCCCCACCAGGAGGAGCGCCUUCCUGUUCCCGGCUCCGGCCAUAGAAGAGUCUGACGGGGGACACCUACUGAAGCCCUUCGAUGCCAAAAGGCCCCCCUCCGCCUCUGGACGGCCCAAGUCUUGUGAAGUUCCUGGAAUCAACAUCUACCCGUCGGCGGAUCAGCCCCCCUGCAUCCCUCAGGUGAACUCCCUACUGAACACGGGGGGCUCCCUGCCGGACCUGACCAGUCUGCACUUCCCCUCCCCCCUGCACACCCCGCUGGACCCGGAGGAGUCGGGAUUCGGCAGCCUGAGCGGGGGGAGCAGCACCGGGAAUCUCGCCAGCACCAUGACCCACCUGGGGAUCAGCCGCAGCGGCCUGCCCCCCGCCUUCGACUCGACAGGUUUCUCCUCUGACCUCCAGUCCUCCCUGUGCCGCCAGUCCCUGCAGUCCUCCCUGAGUAACCCCAACCUCCAGGCCUCCCUGCGGAACUCCUCCCUGCAGACGUCCUUCAGCAACCCGUCCCUGCAGUCCUCGCUCAGCAGCCAAUCGCUGCCGUCUUCUCUCAGCAACCAGUCGCUGUCCCCCUCCACCAGCAGCCACAGCCUGACCUCGGCCUACAGCACGCCUUCCUCGCCCUCUUCUUCCUCCUCUUCUUCCUUCCCGCCCAUGGCGUCCUCCUCCUCGCUGAACUCCUCCCCCCACCGCAGGGUGCCGCUCAGCCCGCUGACGCUGCCUAUGGCCGGGGACGGAAGGAGGCAGUUCUCUCCCACCAUGUCCCCGACGCUGACCUCCAUCACUCAGGGAGUUCCCCUCGACACCACCAAGAUGUCCACCGACCAGAGGCUUCCCCCGUACCACUUUAAUCACCCGAAUCUGCUGGCCCAGCCCGCCCAGCAGAUGUCUCAGUCCCAGCAGCCUUUGCACCAGUCCUCUCAUCAAAUGGGCAACUCCCAGCAGCACCCCCAGGGAAUGGGCAACUCCCAGCAGCAGCACCCCCAGGGAAUGGGCAACUCCCAGCAGCAGCACCCCCAGGGAAUGGGCAACUCCCAGCAGCAGCACCCCCAGGGAAUGGGCAACUCCCAGCAGCAGCACCCCCAGGGAAUGGGCAACUCCCAACAGCACUUGCAACAGCACCCCCAGGGAAUGGGCAACUCCCAGCAGCACCCCCAGGGAAUGGGCAACUCCCAGCAGCACCCCCAGGGAAUGGGCAACUCCCAGCAGCAGCACCCCCAGGGAAUGGGCAACUCCCAACAGCACUUGCAACAGCACCCCCAGGGAAUGGGCAACUCCCAGCAGCAGCACCCCCAGGGAAUGGGCAACUCCCAACAGCACUUGCAGCAGCACCCCCAGGGAAUGGGCAACUCCCAGCAGCACCCCCAGGGAAUGGGCAACUCCCAGCAGCACUUGCAGCAGCAGCACCCCCAGGGAAUGGGCAACUCCCAACAGCACUUGCAACAGCACCCACGGGCAAUGGGCAACUCCCAGCAGCACCCCCGGGCAAUGGGCAACUCCCAGCAGCACCCCCAGGGAAUGGGCAACUCCCAGCAGCACCCCCAGGGAAUGGGCAACUCCCAACAGCACUUGCAACAGCACCCCCAGGGAAUGGGCAACUCCCAGCAGCACCCCCGGGCAAUGGGCAACUCCCAGCAGAACCCCCAGGGAAUGGGCAACUCCCAGCAGCACCCCCAGGGAAUGGGCAACUCCCAGCAGCAGCACCACCAGAGAAUGGCCAACUCCCAGGAGCACUUACAGCAGCACCGCCCCCAGGGAAUGGCCAGCUCCCAGCAGCACCGCCCCCAGGGAAUGGCCAACUCCCAGCAGCACCGCCCCCAGGGAAUGGGCAACUCCCAGCAGUCCUCGCAGGCGAUGCCCCAGUCUCAGCUGCCUUACCAUCAGUCCCAGAAUCCUCUGAACCACACCCACCCAUCAAUGACCCAACAGUCCACGGAGUCCUCUGUAGACUCUUCCCAGAAGGCUUUGCAGCAGACUUUCUACAAGGACCUUUGUGAGCUCCAGUCCGACAUUCAGAACUUUUCCUAUGCGCAGAAUUCUGGGGGCUUCCAAUUGCAGCCCUUCCUGGGGGAUUACCAGUCUUUGCUCAGCAGCCUUUUUGACGAGUGUGAUCUCCCGCUUCCCGCCCAGCGGUCCCAGCAGUUCGAGCAAUGUAACAUGACGGAGACCGGACGGGAUUAUCCGCACAGCGGGGGCGGGGCCAUCAACUCUCCGCCUUACAAGAAAAAGAACAGCGGCAACUGCUUCCGGCACGACCCCAUCCCCAACAUUGUCCUUACCGCGGUGGACUCCUCUCCCCCCGGCUUCUCCAAGGAGAUCACCUCGGCGCUGUCCUCCGUCCCCGGCUUCGAAGGGGACCCCACACUGGGACUGGAGGACGACCUGAACAUCGAGCCGCUCACGCUGGACGGGCUGAACAUGCUGAGCGACCCGUACGCCCCGCUGACCGACCCGCUGGUGGAGGACUCCUUCCGCUCCGACCGCCUGCAGUGACCGCCGGCUGCGCCAGCCACUCACACAGAUCCAUAAAGGUUCUUGGCGGGGCCUGAUGGCUGGACGAUGAAGGUCCCCGAUAUAGAGGGGUCAUGUGACCAGCACUGCCGCAGCCCCCCCCCGUGGGCAGGGACCAGAGGCCCGCCCUCGUCAUUUGGCUCCGCCCACCGCGGGGAUCCUGCAGCUGAACUUGAACACAAUCUGUAAAAAAUUGUCAAUAGAUUUUUAUUUUAUUAUUCUAAAGAAGAGAAAAUCUAUUUACGAAAUGUAUAAAAAUAUAUUUUAUUACUUUGGAGGCCGAGAAGAGCGAGCGGGGGAGAGCGAGAAAUUUGCCGGCUGGAGAGGGAAUCCAAUGUAUUCAGUUUUGGAUGGAGGGGGGAGAGCGGACGUUUCUAUUGGCUAUUUAUUUCUGUCUGUGACCUCCCACUGGGGAGAUUCACCCUCACUUCCUGUCCCUGUGACACCCAUACAGGAAAUGAGGGGAGUGGCUGUCGCCUUUACAGGGAAUGAGGGGGCGUGGUCUUCAUCUGUACAGGAAAUGAGGGGGUUGUCACCUGUAUGGGAAAUGAGGGGGAGUGGUUGUCGUCUGUAUGAGAAAUGAGGGGGAGUGGUUGUCGUCUGUAUGAGAAAUGAGGGGGAGUGGUUGUCACCUGUAUGGGAAAUGAGGGGGAGUGGUUGUCGUCUGUAUGAGAAAUGAGGGGGAGUGGUUGUCACCUGUAUGGGAAAUGAGGGGGAGUGGUUGUCACCUGUAUGAGAAAUGAGGGGGAGUGGUUGUCACCUGUAUGGGAAAUGAGGGGGAGUGGUUGUCACCUGUAUGGGAAAUGAGGGGGAGUGGUGGUCACCUGUAUGGGAAAUGAGGGGGAGUGGUUGUCACCUGUAUGAGAAAUGAGGGGGAGUGGUUGUCACCUGUAUGGGAAAUGAGGGGGAGUGGUUGUCGCCUGUAUGGGAAAUGAGGGGGAGUGGUUGUCGCCUGUAUGGAAAAUGAGGGGGAGUGGUUGUCGUCUGUAUGAGAAAUGAGGGGGAGUGGUUGUCACCUGUAUGGGAAAUGAGGGGGAGUGGUGGUCACCUGUAUGGGAAAUGAGGGGGAGUGGUUGUCGCCUGUAUGGGAAAUGAGGGGGAGUGGUUGUCACCUGUAUGGGAAAUGAGGGGGAGUGGUUGUCGCCUGUAUGGGAAAUGAGGGGGAGCGGUUGUCGUCUGUAUGAGAAAUGAGGGGGAGUGGUUGUCACCUGUAUGGGAAAUUAGGGGCAGUGGUUGUCACCUGUAUGGUAAAUGAGGGGGAGGGGUUUUCGUCUGUAUGAGAAAUGAGGGGGAGUGGUUGUCGCCUGUAUGGGAAAUGAGGGGGAGUGGUUGUCGUCUGUAUGGGAAAUGAGGGGGAGUGGUUGUCGCCUGUAUGGAAAAUGAGGGGGAGUGGUUGUCGCCUGUAUGGGAAAUGAGGGGGAGUGGUUGUCGCCUGUAUGGGAAAUGAGGGGGAGUGGUUGUCGCCUGUAUGGAAAAUGAGGGGGAGUGGUUGUCGCCUGUAUGGGAAAUGAGGGGGAGUGGUUGUCGCCUGUAUGGGAAAUGAGGGGGAGUGGUUGUCACCUGUAUGGGAAAUGAGGGGGAGUGGUUGUCACCUGUAUGGGAAAUGAGGGGGAGUGGUUGUCUUCUGUAUGGGAAAUAAGGGGGCGUGAACUAACUUGAGUGAGGCCCAUCCCCUGCUGCACCCCCACCCCCCCAGCCCUGAUUUCCUUCCACUAGCACCUGAGCCUAGAAGAACUUCCCCCGGGUCGCCGUCUUAUUGGCAUUUUGUCAAACGACCAAACCUAAGCAUGGGCGGAGCCAGUCUUGGGUCUGAGCUCCUCCUCCAGCUACAGAGCCCCACCCCCUCGGAUCUAUGCAGGGCUCACAUGACAGUAAGGUGGCCAUUGCGGACGGGGUGAAUGCCCUCCCCCCACCCCACACUGGGAGUUUUAGUGUCACAUGACCCCCCCUAACCUUGGGGGGGAGGGGGGUGCAGGAGCAGAGCGUGGACCUCCCGGGCCGGCCUUGUACGGACCUCACCAUUUCCUCUUUUGUUACAAUGUAUAAAUGUAAAUAUUUGUAUCAAACAUUUCCUUUUUAUAUAAUAAAAAAACUUCCAAUCUCA